CAAAUGCAUAUCAAGGCAAAUCCAAAUCGUAGGCUUCGUUGCAUUCGUGCUUCCCGUCGAUUCGCGGCCGUAACUUUCGCCGCUCAUCGAUAGCUCGCCAGGCGAAAACAGCAACUCAUAUCGCCUCCCCAAGCCCCAGAUCCAUUGUCGUUGCUGCCAAUGCUACGACAUUUCAAAACAAUCUUCACCUUGAACUACGGCGUACCCCACCCACGCAUCUGAUCGAUAACUCCACGAAGAACCUCAAGCACCAAAAGCCAUUUCUGAACUCGAGCCCUUCCACGAUGCAUCUUCCCCUCGUCUUCGCCCUCGCCGUUGCCGCGACCGCCACAGCGACAGCCGAUGUCACCAACGUCCAUCUCGACAAAAUAAGCGAGUUGGCAAAGACGACAACGCUUAAACCCACAACUAACCCCCGUCCGCCACCGUCCAACGACUUUUACAUCCACCAUGAUGGGUACUCGCUCCUCUUCAACUGCGAACGUCGCACGGCGGACCGGUGGAACUACACGUUAGCUACCGACAAGAGGGACGCCACUCGCCCCCCGUCCUUUUACUCCGACCCGUCCAUCCCUGCUCAGUGCCAGCAAUACUCGACCAAGGCGUACGCCGCCGUUCGGGGGGGCUACGAUCGUGGCCACUUGGUCGCGAGCUCCAUGAUGACGGACAGCCCCGAACAGCGCCAUCAGUCCCAUUACAUGACCAACAUUGCCCCCCAAGUGUCGAGCUUCAACCAAGGCAUUUGGGUAACCACGGAAGACAUCGAGGCGUGCUACCGCAACCUGAACCGCAUCUACACGUGGGGCGGCAUCUUGUACACGGACGAGGCGAACGACCACUUCUACGAAAGCCAUGGCAUCCGCACGCCCGACUACUGGUGGAAGGUCGUGUUGACCAAGGACAGCAGCGGCCAGGACAAGAUCAUCUCGUGGUUCUUUCCCAACCAAGAGAACUUGGGGGCGGUCGACAAAUACUUGGUGUCUGUCAACGACAUCGAAGCGCGAUUGACCGAUGGCUUGGGGCCGAUUCCCGUGCCUGCCGCCCUCAAGUCGUUCAAGGCGACUACGAGUUGGGCCAAGCCCGCAGGUUGCUCCCGCGCGUAGUUGUCCCGUCGCCAUGAAAUAAGUUGCUGCAAAAUCAAAUGUCCAUAUUUGUUCUC